CAAUAUACAGCCUCGAAUUGACAACAACCAGCUGUCGAUUGUCAUUCUGUCACUAGGAGAUUUUUCCUCAGAAAGGACCAUUUCUCAUGUUACCUGCGUAGGUGAUGGAGAAGUCGAAAAGUAACGACCAACCUCGCUGCCCGUGCGGAUUUUGGGGAUCUUCAAGUACACUUGGACUCUGUUCACAAUGCUAUAAAUCACACAUAGAGAAAACCAAUGAUGCCCUACAGAGCACUCCCGAUCAUCUCAUUUCUCCUGAAACUGCCAGACAGAUGAAACAAAGUGGGCACAGUCAUAUGGAAGGGGCUAAACAAAGCAGCCAUAGCAUUGGUUUAGAGGGAGGAAAAAAUAACAGCACACCGAUUAGUGAUAGCCAAUCACAGCCCUGUUCUUCCAAACAAUUAACUUGUGAGAGCAUUAAAGACUCUAGUGUUUCUAAUGAAGGAACAACGGAUCGUGAACAAAGUCCAGCAACCCCUCCCCCAGAAACCGAUUCAUCCCCAUCUUUGUCUUCCAGUGUAGCCACACCAGAGACCCCUGAAAAAAGAGGAGUCAAACGUGAUAUAACACAAGUUGAUAAAGAAUCAGACACCCCUGAAUCAACACCAGAAAAAGGACAGAAAAACAAGAAGAGAUGUUAUCAGUGUAAAUGUAAACUGGAGCUGGCCCAGCGGCAGAUCGGCAGAUGUAAAUGUGACUUUGUAUUCUGCUCCUUGCAUCGACUGCCUGAACUUCACAACUGCGAUUUUGAUCACAAGGAAGACGGGCGCCGAGAAGCUCGAGAAAAGAUGGUGAAACCCACGAGACACUUAGGGACCUCAUUCCAGCGGCUCGACCCAGAUUCCUGAAGGAACUGUCCCUGCAUUAACCAAUAUGUUUUGUUUUUAAAUUUGAGUACGGAUUAUUGGGCUGUGUAAUUAACAAAACAGCUGAGAGUUUUGUUUUAAUAUGAAUAUGCAAAUUGAUUUAUAACAAUACAAGAAGAUUCUUGAAGAAACAUUUUUUGUACAAUGUAGUGAUGUAUGGCCAGUGACCUCUGGAGAAUAGAUAUGUCAUGAUAUGAACACUGUUGCAAGCUCAGCAAUAAUAGAACUAUACACAUGGUGAAAUUUUCUUGAGUUCUUCAAAUGAUUUUAGAGAGUGCUGCUAAUUUAAUAUAAUGACAUUUUAUAAAUUUCACUUGUGUCAGAUUCCAAUUUUACUACCCCCCUGAUUUCAUGUUUUAAUCAGUUUAUCAAUUAUUUUAAAGCAGUGCAUCUGUUUUUUCUCAUGUGUAAAAAAACCUUUAGAAUUCUCAUCACAAGAAUGCAUGUGUAACUAAAUCUAGAGUGAUAGUUUUCAUUUGACCCAUUUUGUGUGCAUGAUAGUUUUACCUGUGUGUGACUGUGUUAUGUAAAUUAGAGAAGUUUUCACCCAGUAGGUUAUACUCCUGUACAACCCGAGAAUGCCCAGUCUCUCACAUUGUGUACCCCUCAUCUGUACCAUGUUCUCAUCCUUCAUGUAAAUAAACCUUACACUUAUUGUGUUGUUGCUACACACUUAAGAAACUCUGAAACAUCAAACAGAUUAUCAGUAAAGUAAGAUCAGACAUACUUCCUGCUGCAGUUUUUGGAUGAAUUUUAAAUCAUUGUACCUGUUUCUCAGUAAAACUGACAGCAGAUUUUUAAUCCCACCGCAAGUCUUUGUUUAUCACAGUACCCAGUCCAAACUGAUUUUGAAAUUGUACCUCUUCAUUAAUUGUGAAAACUUUAGUGAGAAUGAAAUAUUUACAUUGAGCAGCAACAGUUUAAGUUUAGGUUAUGUGGAGAACAAUGGGGUUUAAGAUUACAUAUAUAUAUAUAUUACUAUUAUAACAUUUUCUAAUGUCUUCACUAUAUUUAUUAAGUAUUUUAGAUUAAAUUCAUGGUGAAUUAAAUGUGAAAUGCAGAUAUAAUAACAUACAAAAAAGAUUACCUCAAACAUUUGAUAAGUUUGCUCAAGACCAGAGUUUUAAGAGUCCUAUUAUUGCAUUGCUUUACAAUGACAGUCAUUCAGUGGGAAAAAGUGAAUGUUCUUUCAAUUGGAAACCUGACCCCUUUAAAUUUGUAAGUACUAAUUAUUUCUUAAAGUCUUGCAUGUUGUAAAACUUAGGGGUUUUACAUUUUGUUUUAUUUUUGAAACAUAUCAAUGUGUGUUGGUAAACAAUUUUCUUUAGUACUGACAGGUAACUUUUAAAUUUGGUUUUAUGAUAAUUUGAAUUAAAUUAAUUUGAAGCAAUAAUGUACUGUAGAAGGUGUCAGACUACUCUUAGUAGACUAUCUCAGCAAGAGAGGUGUAAAAAUAGAUCUGUCCUUUAUUGGAAGUCUCCAAUUUUCAAUGCAUUAAAUUUCAUAGUUCUUUAUCAUUCAGCAACACAUUGGCUGCUGCUAUUUUCUGGUCUUUAAGGACUUCCAAUAAGGGGAGAUCACUCGUGUGUGGAUGACUCAGCUAGAGUGUUAUACGUGCCAGGGAAUUGUGUGUUUCUUAUUGAAUACAAGAUUUAUCAUUAAAGACAAAAUUUAUAUCA